AUGAAUAUAAACAACAGUCAAAUUCCUCAUAGUCCGACUGAAUCAUCUUCUGAAAAUAAUGAAAAUGAACCUAAUAUCGAUCAUUUAUUAUUUGCUGAAAUUAGAACCACGAGUCAAACACCAUUAAUAUCAUUCAAUAUGACAAAUAUGAUUCCAAGUCAACGACCAAUAAUUACAAAUCAGUCUGAACAUAACAAUCGAUCUUCCCGACGCGAAGCUCAACGAAGACGACGUCAACGGCAACGUCAACGGAGGCGUGAAGAACGUCAGGCAUUACGACAACAACAAAUACAGGAACAAAGACAACAACAACACCAACAACUCAUGAGGCAAUAUCACCAACAAAGACAACAGGAACGAUAUAUACGAUGGGCCGACCAUAUACGUCCAUGGGGACUUGAACUAAUUCAACGAUGGCAAGAAAGUCUACUUCAAUGGGAACUUCCACAAAAUCGACCACGACAAAACUACCAUAAUAAUGAAUUAUACCGUUCCGAUCCAUUAGAAGAACCAAUAGAUAAAAUAUACAACGAGCCACUUUUAGGAGCAUAUACGUGGAAAAUGAUGGACCCAAAGGAACGAUGGGAACAAGAACAAAUAAAUGAAAUAGAAAAAAUUCAUGUUGUCGAUCCAUCUGAACAAUUAACAUUCAUACAAGAUGAACUCGAACAACUCCAUCAGAUUGAUCACAUUGAAAGAUUAAAAGAAGAGGAAGAACAGAUUCAAUUAGAACAGUGGGAACAAGAUCAAUCUACUGAAUUAAACGAUCCUCCUAUUCUAGCAUAUAUAUCACAACUGGAAGAUGAUAUUGAACAAUUAAGACAAACUGAUACUAUUCAAACAAUGGAUAAUGAAAUACUUGAAGAUUAA